AUGAGCGCUGAACAGCUCGAAUUCAACGUCGACCGCAUCGAUGCCAAAAUGGCCGAGCUCCUCACAUCCUUUGAAGCCCACCCGCAAAUGCAGCCCCCGAACACCCACCCAACCCUCUACUUCCUCUUCGAUUUCGUCCGCAACACCCACCGCGAACUGCAAGAAAUCGACAUGGACAAGUUCCGUGCCGGCGACGCCAACGCCCGCAGCAUGGCCCAGGACGUCCUCGGCCGGAACAACUUCACCAACACCCUCGUCAACGAUACCACGGGUAAACUGGCACUGAUGACGGGCGGCGACCCGAAUAACCCCGUGGACUUUGGGGAGGACAUUCGGGCCAAGGCGAAAGCGUUGGUUGAGGUUUAG